AUGGGGAGUGAGGUCAACAAAAUGCGGACUGAUAUGGCGGAGUUGAAAGCCGUGAACUCUGCCAUUCUCGACUCACAGGCACAAGUGUUGGCUCUCUGGAGGAAAAUGGCACCAGUCGAGCCAAUUUUAAAGACCGACUUCCCAAUCCGGUCGCUAGACCAUUUAAAGGAGGACGAUAAGAUAUACGGAAAAAUGGAAAAAUAUGUACCGCUCUUUAAAUCCAUUUUGGGGAAUAAUUUGAUAAAAAACUUGGACCAAAUAAUAAGCCCUGAAGUAAUCAUUCAAUUGAAUUACAGUGGGUCUAGACAUAAAUAUGGACUUGCAAAUUUCCAUAAUUUGAAUUCAGUCUUGCAAGAGUCACAAAUAAGGGAAGGGUAUGCCUUAUUGAACUAUGUAAAAGACAUCCGGUUGACCUUCGUGGGGCAAAAGAAUAAAAUUUAUAAAGAAAAAAGCGCCCUAAGGAAGGCCAACCCGGAACCAGGAGUAGAGCCCGAGAGCGAUUCUGAUUGA